AUGACUUUGCACCUAGCGUCCUACGACUUAACCCUUGCACUUCCACCAGAAGAACACCGUUCUGAAUGUGACUUUUAUUUUGAAGCUUAUCAAUUCUUGCAAGCUGGUUAUCAAAAGAAUGGAAGUCAGAAGAUGAGUGCUUGUGACCUUCCUGGGCGCCUCAUCACACUUGAGUACCUCAGAAAAUGUGCGAAGUUUAUACCAAACCCUAGUUCUUCUGAGAACUUCCCAGUUCUCUGGUGUAGUCCGACCAUUGCUAACAUUACGGGCAGUCUUCUGCUCCCUCUGUCACUCCAAGCUGGCAGGCAUACAUGUCUCGCCAGUCGUGUCUUUGAUACCUUCAAGACAGCUGUGCUGGUCGAGGACUCAGAUAACCUAAUGUGUUUUGACUUUUGCCCCAACAUUUCGGACAAAGCUGCUAGUCAUGGUGGCCUGCCAGGAUUGGGUGAUACAUCCUCCUUUCAAAUGUUGCCUCACUUUUUGCCAUCAACUUUACAAUUGUCCUCAGGCUCAUCAUCCACAUUAUUGCUCACUUCGACAUCAUUGCUCUCAUCAUCUGUAUCAUCACUUGCUUCAAUGUCUUCCCUUCCAUCUUUAUUGAGCCCUUUACUUCUGUCGCCACAACCCCACCAAAGUAUUCCAGUCAGGGACUCCACCCUGCUUACAGCACUUCUUGAAGAUGCUGAGACGGUUUUUGCUGAAUGGCAACAGAAUAUUAUCAACUGCUUGUGGAGUCCUGUGUUACCUGAUGGACGGGAUAUUUCCCCCCUUGUCCCCUCAAAACCUGACUCCUCCGAUAUUACCAAUGUUUUAAUGCUCAUGCUCGAGGGCCCGGACCUUCAGACGACUGCCAUGGGUUUUGCAUCAUUUGUCCAUAGCAAGUUGGAAGGAUUGCCAGUCUACCUACCCAAGCAUGUCACAAUCCCAUUGAACUUUGACAUUUGCAAUAUAUUUCACCCAGAGCGCACCUGGAGCAUAGGGUAUGCUGUAGGUGGUGGCAUAGAGUGUUCUGUUCUGCAAACAUCUAUGAAGGAAGUCUGCCAUGAUCAGAAGCUUUUAAAAGGAGGAGCUGACGGAGACACUGGAUAUUAUAACCUUAACCUCUGCACCAACUCAAUCAUUCCAGCACAAUUGAUUAGUUUCCAGGUCUUAGGCUUUUUUGCAGCGACCCAUCUUUUCAUCACAGGCCACAGCCCUGUGCCUUUGUCCCCUGCCAUCCUUCUGUUUGUGAUUGGUAGCUGGGAAGCAUUGUUCGACCUCAAGCUCAUUGACCUUUCUGCUGAGGAGUGGGAGAACAUCACAAAGCAGAUGUUUGCGUCAAUCCUGCUUGGUUGCCCUGUGAUUGAUGAUGUUGCUGACUUGCGCAACUUCAAAAAAGGAUUCAACAUGCAUGUUGGUGCUGGUACCAAUGCUUAUGGCCGCACUGUAACGUGCCCUGAGGAUAUUAUUGCUCAUCUUGCUUUUAUCAGUGCCGAUGACUCCUGCAUCAACAAGGGAGCUUCUAGCAGUCAGAUAUUGCAAGCAGUGUCAUUUGACAAGGAAAUCAAGACACUUUUUAUCCAGAAGUUACAAUGCUAUCUUACAGGAACUGGUCACCCAGAGCAUCCAACACUGGGCCCUAACAUCAUUGCUCUUGAUUGCUCUGACCUCAUGCCACAUGGUGAUUGGACUAUUAUAAUACGAUUCAAGCAUGAUCUCCCAGAUUGA